ACAUGUUUUCACUGCCGCCGGUUCCCACUCCUCCUUUUCCAAGAUGUCGGUGUACGGGCCAGUGGUGAAAAUUCACCCCGUGGUUCUCGCUUCUAUCUGCGACUCUUACGAACGAAGAAAUGAGGGAGCGAGCCGUGUGAUCGGGACCCUUCUGGGUACCACUGACAAGCACUCUAUCGAGGUGACCAACUGCUUCUCUGUCCCUCACAAUGAGUCUGAAGAUGAGGUUGCUGUGGACAUGGAGUUUGCUAAGAACAUGUAUGAGCUCCACAAGAGGGUGUCGCCCACUGAAGUCAUCAUUGGAUGGUAUGCCACAGGCUUUGACAUCACAGAGCACUCAGUGCUAAUCCAUGAGUACUACAGCCGUGAGGCCACCAACCCUAUUCACCUGACCAUCGACACAGCUCUGCAGAGUGGCAAGAUGAACAUCCGUGCCUACGUCAGUGCACAGAUGGGUGUGCCAGGAAAGACAGUUGGAGUGAUGUUCACCCCCCUGACAGUCAAGUACAUCUACUAUGACACUGAGAGGAUAGGAGUGGACCUCCUAAUGAGGACACGAGUAACUCCGAGUCGCACCAAGGGUCUUACAUCUGAUCUGUCCCAGGUGGCCAGCUCUGCAGCCAGAGUGCAGGACAUGCUGACCACUGUGCUCGCAUACAUUGAGGAUGUGCUGUCUGGUAAAGUGACAGCAGAUAACAGCGUGGGCCGAUUCCUGAUGGACCUGGUCAACAAGGUGCCCACCAUCUCACCUGAGGACUUUGAGAACAUGCUCAAUUCCAACAUCAAUGAUCUGUUGAUGGUGACCUACCUGGCUAACCUCACCCAAGCACAGAUUGCUCUUAAUGAGAAGCUGGUGCUUCUCUGAGAGGAUUUCUUUACAGUGAUUCAUAUUUAAUUUUGUAUACUUUUUGGCUGAGGUGAAUAAAAGUUUAAAGCAGUCAAA